AUGUCAUGUGUGCAUUGUAACAAACUGUGUUUCAUUUAUGAUUAUGGGUUGUUACCUGCAAUAGAUGAGUUGUUACCUAAAGUUGACAAGAGAUUUUGUGUUAGACACCUUUAUAGCAACUUCAAAAAAAGGUUUCUAGGAAAACAUUUGAAGGAAUUGAUGUGGAGGGCAGCCAAGGCAACAUAUCCUCAAGCAUGGGAAAGGGAGAUGAAGAAAAUGAGGAAGGUUAAUGAGGAGGCAUUCAAACACUUGUGGAAGAUUCUUCCAAGAUAUUGGAGUAAGUCUAUGUUCAAAUACAAUAUAAAAAGUGAUGUGUUAGUGAACAAUAUGUCUGAAACUUUUAACAGUGUUAUAAUUGGACCAAGACAAAAGUCAAUUGUAACAAUGAUGGAGGAGAUUAGAGGGUACCUCAUGGAUAGAUGGGCAACUAAUAGAACCAAGAUUGAAGAGUAUACAGAUUUUGUUCUUCCAAGAAUUAAAAAAGUGUUUGAAAGAAGGCAAGAGUUGUCUAGGUUUUUUAUACCAAGGUUGUCAUGUAACAUGAUUUAUAAACUGAGGCAUAAAAGUUUGACUGGUGAAAAAUUUACAUUUGACCUCAGAAGGUUGGAGUGCUCUUGUAGGAGUUGGAUGCUAACUAGCAUACCAUGCUAUCAUGCGUAG